CAAAUCUGCAGUCUUUUUUAUAACCACAACCCGCGUACAUCUUUCAAAAAUGUUUACUAAAAUUUUCAUCCUUAUUAUAUUGGGUGUGGUAGAAAUAAAGGGUGAUUUAGGAAUUAAAUAUGUAAUGAGAAUGUACGAAGAUUGUCAACAUUCAAAUUUGAUACCAUGUUUAAAGAAGAAAGCAAUAUUAUUCUUUGAUAGAGCUGCAAGGAUGGAUUCAAUACCCGUUGUCGAUGGUAUUGAUAUAGUUAAAGGUUCUGAUAUAGAAAUGCCGCCUAUUAGUGAGAACGAAAUAGAUUCCAAUUUGCCUAGAGGAUUGGGAAGCGAAGAUGAAACUUUAUCGGCCAUGUUAUGGGACAAGAUUGCAGCGUUUGCUAAUUCAAGGACGGUUCAGUUUUCAUUACCGAAAAUGUCUGGUGAAGAACUCAACAGAGGGGUUGAAGAAGGUCGCGGCAAGAUGAAGAAGAUGAUGGGGAUGAUGAUGAUGGGCGGUGUGAUGAAAUUGGCGGCUAUGAUACCACUAGCAAUGGCCGGUCUCUUCGUGCUGGCAGGAAAAGCUUUGAUAGUUUCAAAGAUCGCGUUAUUACUGGCCGGUAUACUCGCUAUCAAGAAGAUAAUAUCACAGAAGAGUAGCGGGGGAGGUCACGAGAGUCAUGGCUGGUCGUCAGGUGGCGGCAGCGGCGGAUGGGAUAAGAGAUCACAUAACGACGUCUCGGAUCUUGCAUAUUCCGCGUACAAGACUGAAUAGGUAGA